UGGGCUUACAAGUGGGAUAUCGUUUCCGAGAUGACGAACGAUGUCAAUCUCAUGUACCAAAAGUACAUUGCCGAGUUGGACACGAUUACGCCUGAGCAAGUGGAAUGGCAGCCAUAUGGCGCGGGUGAGAGCUUGGGGUACACCGUGGACUUCCGCCUCAACCCGAUGUGCUUGCGGGAUAAGGAUCUCUGGCUUAUGCGGUGCCCAUUGAUAUGCAACUGGGCGGUUGAGUUUCAUUUCCCGCAUCGCGUGUAUCGUCAGUUUGGUCUUUUCCAGCCUCACCCGCCGGAUUGGGUGGACACGGAUAAAGCACUUCAUAGGUUGGACAGGAGAAGGCAACGGAAGAUAAAGGACUGGGCCAAGCAUCAUUCUGCGUAUGUUACUCGCUUCCAGCUUUGUGUGGAGCAAGCUCGUAGCACUGCACGCGCCCCGCUUUGUGAGCACAACUCACUUGCUUUUGAUAACUACGUACGAUGGUUUAUUGGAACUACUCGAGUUGAGAUAUGCCCGCCGGCAUAUAAUGAGGAUAUUCUUGAAGAACCCGUAAACUUUGAGGAUCUAGCAAAGGGGAAGUACAACAGAGAUGUUAGGCUAGGGCAAGGAGUGCCUGCUGUUCCGGUGAUUAACUAUGUGCGCACCGAGAUCAAGAAAGCAGCUGAUGAGAGCCAGUCUAUUCUGGAGAAGACACCGGUUGGAACUGGCAAUGAUGAUGGUUCACUACGAGCAUUCCUCAAGCGUCAGGCCAAGAAGUUAAGGCGGUCAUCGAACCUUCUCGGUUGCCGUGAUCCUGAAUAUGAUGAACCAUCUGCCUCUAGGUCUGGUACACCAUCAGACCCCGCACCCCACCAUGAGGGGGGCGAUGUGAGUUCCUCAUAUGCUUAUGUGGAUGAUGAGGGUGGGAUCACCCAAGAGGUCAAAUAUGUGAUUUCCGCCAGGAGCGCAUGGGCAUGGCUCUGGCUCUGGCUCCUGGAUCUGGGAACGUGGUCGCCGGCCGGCAUUGAUGGCUCCUCCUCUGCAUCCCCAAGGGCGCUCUCCACCAGGCACCAGCCCAUGCCCAUGCCGACGGCGGCCGGCCGCGUCGCUUUCCCUUGGCCUCCUGCUGCUCUCGGCUCGGCCUGCCCAUGUAGCGGGGCUCCAGGUUGACGAGACGGAAGGACCAAGUGGUGCUCGUCAAAUCACGUCAAGCAAGCGCGCCGCCCGGCUUUGCCUUGAACGUCCGUCCGUCCGCCACCCUGCUGCCACUACACCAGUAACACCACUGGCUUCUUGUAUUUUUUUAUUUCAACAGUGAUCACCUUUAAAAUACAUCCUUCUUUCAUUUCGAAUUACUUGUCGCAGAAAUUGAUAGAUCCGGGACGAAGGGAGUUUGUGUUGUGCCACUCUUCCCUGUCACCCAGCUAGCUGCCGUCCUAUCGGUACUUUUCUCAAAAUUCUGGGUCCAGUUUUCAGUGGGGGUCUUCUGAAGAUUAUAGUUAGUAACGACAUUUUCAGUAUUUUAGAGUGUAGAUUUAGUCGUUUUGGUCCGUAUCUAGUCCACACCUAUAAAUAUGUAAAACAUCUUAUAAUUUGGAACGGAGUGAGUACAAGCCUAACUGACGUAUAUAUUUGUACUAUCAUAUGGUGACAUGGAGGAAGCAACGUUAGCAAAAGCAAAAGGUCGUCUCUUCUUGUGAGAGUCUCAAAAAUACUAUCAACGACCCUUGUCUACGAGUCCUAGUGUCUUGAAGCAUACGGGUAAUUGGCAGUAGUUGAUAUGUAGAUCCAGAUGCAAAUCGCAGGACAAGUUGAGAACAAGUUAGCUUUCUCACCGCUUUCAAACUGCAGGCACGCGCCGUUCGUCGGUCACUGUAACGCCCUCGAUGCGGCUAUAUCUCCCACGUAUCGAAGCACGAUUUAGAGGCAUAACCGCAUUGAAAGCGAUAUCGCAAGUGAGGUAAUCUUCACACAACCCAUAUAAUACAUAAGGAAAAGAGAUACAUAGUUGGCUUAUAAUCGUCACUUCACACAAUACAUGAAUAAAGUAUUACAUCAUUCAGAUAUAAUCAAGAUCCGACUACGGAACCAAAAUAAAAGAAGACUACCCCAAAAGCUACACAGAUCCCCGAUCGACCCCAACUGGGCUCCACUACUGAUCGACUAGAACGAAACAACAUAAAGGACAAGAUCUUCAUCGAGCUCCUCCUUGAGCUCGGUUGCAUCACCUGGAAUGGCAUC